CGCGUUCGUAUCAUUGGUUGUUGGCGUGUUUAUAAACUAUGACGGAUUUUUCAGUUAACAAUCUUGAACCAUCACGAAUGCUCUCCCUUUUGAUGACACAUUAUUUUAUUAAUAAUGAUAGAAUUUAUUGAUGCAGUGUAAGGAAGGAUCUUGGGCCGUACUACCUAAAUUUCGAAAUGAAAUCUGUAGAUGUUUCAGUUAAAUCCACUGCUGAACCAUUGCUUCCACCGAAUUUGGCUGGAUUUGUGUGUGGUGGCAUUUCUGGAACAGUUUCUCGAACAGUUACAGCACCUAUGGAUCGUUUAAAAGUCCUCAGGCAAAUGGAAAUUCCAGAAAUCGUAGGUAAAAACAUGGUUUCAAGCUUGCGUAUAAUGAUCAAAGAAGGUGGCAUUCUGUCAUUAUGGCGAGGUAAUGGGGUGAAUAUUUUAAAAAACUGUCCUGAAAGUGCUAUUCGCUUUGGUCUUCACGGGUGGCUUAAAUCAGUAAUUUUUCCUAAUGUGAAAGGACCACUUCCUCCAGAAGAUCGUUUGUUGGUAGCUAGUUUGUCUGGUGCCACAUCGUUAACAAUAACUUAUCCAGUUGAGAUUUUAAAAACUCGAAUGGCUCUGCGUAGGUCACAUGAAACCAAUUCCAUAUUUUCUGUAAUCCGAAAACUACAUAAUGAGGGUGGUUUCCGAGGAUUUUAUCGAGGCUACAAAAUCAGUAUGAUGAGUUAUGUGCCGUAUUCUGGAAUGGAGUUAUGCCUUUAUGAGAUGCUUAAACAGCGUUAUAUAGAGUAUCACUAUUUCCUCCAGCCUAACACAGAUCGUACAAUGAAGGUUCAUAUGCCAGCUAUGGUAACUGUUCCAUUGAUUUUAAUAUCUUGUUGCAUCCCAAUGAUGGUUACUUAUCCGGCCAAUUUACUUCGUACUCGAUAUCAAGCAUCACCAUCUCCGUCUGCUGCUCCUAUUAUAAAAUCUUUGUGUUCCAUUGUACAGAGGAAUGGGUUUAAAGGACUUUAUCGUGGGUUAAGUGCUAGUUUGUCAAAAACUGUUCCAUCUGUUUGUGUUACUUAUCUUGUUUUCGAAUUUACCUCUGAAUUGUUUGGUGUUCCUGGACUUGGUUGUAAGUAACGAAUUCGUAAAGGUUGGUGCUCAAUCUCUAGAGAAAUCAAUUGGGUGAAUUUAUCGUACAUCCAUAAAUUUGUAUCUUGAGUUUUUCGUUUACAAGAAAAUUUCUCAGUUGCAGUUUAUUUCUUUUCCUUCGACCAACUAAAAUUUACGACUGAUUCGUCUUGUUUUCGGUCAUGAUGUUGACAUAUUGAGAUGUCUUUCAGUAAGUCUUAAUCUAUUUUCGUCAAUGAAUACCGAUAAACCAUUAUUGUGCAUUAGCUGUAGUUUUUUUAGAGUAUAAUUAAGCCGAUGUAUAUCAGGAGUACUAUGAUUCUUUCUCUUUCUUCACUUUUCCUACACCCUUUACUCCCAAAUUCGUUUUUGGUUGUAUAUCAAUGAAUUCGCGGUGGUUACCAAUCGUUCUUAUUCUCGUGUGUUGCUAUUCAUCGCAGAAGUUUCUUUCAUUUUUCUGAUAACCUGUCGGUUUUUCUUCUCCUUUGUCACUUAAAGUGAACCAGUUGCCUGUAGUUACAUAAUUUUCCUUUCCUUAUCACUUUUUUAUGUUUGUGUUGUCUAUUCAUUUAGUGGAUAUAAAAUCAAUAUUUCUAUCAGACAUUGUAUCAGUAAGAAAAUUUGUAUUUAGUUUUGUUUUCAAGAUUUUUACAACAAUAUUCAUAUUUGUAAUGAUAAAAAUACUUCUAUGUAUAUUGUUUGAAACAAAUUUGUAAAUAAAAUAACUACUUAGAUAUCUAAAAUUC